UCCAGCUCUCUUCCUCACGCGGUCAUUGACUCGACUAUGUCUCUCUAUACUUUCUCUCUCAUGAAAUUUCACAGGGCUUUCAGUUUUCACACCAUCUCCUGUAACAAUUGAUUAUUUAUACCCUUAAUCAUUUCAUCUCUUUCAUUCACAUCCUCUCUCUAAUUUACUUGUGGGGUGGGGGUAUAUGUACAUACACAUAUAUUUAAUUCUCCAUGAAGAUUUUAAGAAUUUCUAUUGAUCAACGUGUAUUUCUUGUUCAAUUGAACCCAUUUGAGAAUCGAUUGAGUUUCUGAUUUCAUUUGUUUGCUCUAUCGAUUUGCUAUAGAAAUCAUGCCUUUUCCAUGGAAGAAAGGAAGCAAGCGCACGCGAAUCUCUCAAUUGGUUGCUGGUCAUCUCAAGUCGCCCAAACGCGGAGGUUCGCUCGUCGUCGAGACCGGUUUUCCGACAUCUCUCAUCGAUCUCUUCGUCAAGAAUCGAGACCGAUUGAAGAAGAAGAAGAAAACUAGGUACGACGCUUCCGAUCCGAUCCAGAAUCAACCCUCAACGCCUUUUGAAUCUUUUCCGGCAUCGCCGAGGUCUAGUGUUUCGGGUGACGAAUUCAAGAACGCUAAACAGAGUCCUUUCAGGGAUUUGAAUAUUCCGAGUGCUUUGGGUGUGGGUGAUGAGAUUGAAGGUGGUGGUGGUGGUGAAGUUGCAGAUGCGAAUGGGGUUUUCAUGGCGGUUUUGAAGAUUUCACUCGUGGUGGUUUUGGCUUUGGGGACGAAGAGAUUUGCGGUUGGGAUCACCAUGUCUGCUUUUUUGCUAAUUUUUCUAGAGUUUGCAGGGAAACAUGGAUGUAAAUUGUCGAAACCAUGUGCUAGUGUACAGAAGAGAUUGAAUUCUCUGAUCCAAAGCGUUCUUUGGUUUUUCAGAAUCGGAGGGGAGAAGUUUGUGAAGAAAGAAGAAGAAGAGAUUAGGGUUUUGAAGGCACCAAUUGAACAAGAAACAAUUGUUUUUCACGAAUUGAGUGAUUCCAAUGAAGAAUUUAUAGUUUUACAAUCCAAUUCUGUUUUAGUGCCUCCAAUUGUGGAAAUACAGUGCGUGAAAGAUGAUUUUGAAGGAGAGAGAAAAGGGGGAUUUGAAGAAUUGGAUACAAAAAAGGAGAUUACCAAGAAAGAAGAGGAUCGUGUAGGUGAUGUUUCCGACAAGCAACAACGUUCUCGCAGUGCUAAGAUAAAAUCGAAGAUGAAAAAACUUGUUCCGAAGAAGUUUCGUGUUUCGAAGAAGAAAGGACAGGAUUUGAAAAUUGAAGAACGUAUUUGUAUGGCAGAUGAUGUGUUGGUUGUGUCAGAAGUACAAGAACCGGAAGAAUGUGGUGACGAAUUGUCGUUGUUAUCGAGUGCAUUGUGUGAUCAGGAAGAUGGUGAUGAUGUGAUUAGUAAUUCUACUGAAGUGUCGCGGAUUGAGGUGGAAAAGGAAACAGAGAAGAAUUCAGGAACAGAGAGGAAUUUAUGGUAUCUCAUUCUUGUUCUGACUGUUCUUGUUGGGCUUGUAGGUGGCCGGGUAAUGGCGCUUGUUCUUACUGUGUCGUCGUGUUUCAUGCUGAAAUCGGCUAGAGCACUAUGGAGAUCUGAAAAGAUGCCCCUGUUCAGGUCUCCUACCAAAAAAUCUACUUGCACUUUAGAAUACCCUUGUUUAUAGAUGCCUUUUUUCUUUUCAAUUCAUGUUGUUUUGCUUCUUAUGAAGUGUUCUUUCAGCUUUAUAUUAUAUCCUGAAAGUUUAAACUGACUGAAGAUUCAACCUAUGGUUGGCAAUCCGACUUGAGGUGUUGUAUUAUGAACUGCAGAAAAUGUAGAUGCAAAAGUUAUAAUCAAUGAGAUGAUACUUUUUCUUUUGUCA